CAGUGCCCCGCGUCCGGAGCUCCGUGCAACAUGUGUAGCGAAUGCUAUACGAACCAGACGUUUGUUUACGAUGAUGGGACCGCGCACGAGCACGCAGCCAGUCAUGAACCCACCACCUCCCUCCCCGUGUUCCCAUGGCGACAGGCCCUCACCAGAGGCUGUUCAGAAAAACAACAGCAGCAACACAGGAGUCAUACUGGACAUCUCUGCACUUAAGAUGACUGAGGUGGACUCUGAGGUGCCCCCUCUUCCACCUCGGUACCGAUUUCGGGAUUUACUCCUUGGAGACCAAUCCUUCCAGAAUGAUGACAGGGUGCAGGUGGAGUUUUACGUGAAUGAGAACACCUUCAAGGAGAGACUGAAGCUCUUCUUCAUCAAAAACCAAAGAUCAAGUCUGAGAAUACGGAUAUUCAACUUCUCCUUGAAGCUGCUGACAUGCCUCUUAUACAUUGUUCGAGUUAUGCUGGACGACCCAACACAGACUGGCUGCAGCGGGGGUUGCCGGUUGAACCACACGAUAAGCUCUGCGGAGAUCAACUGGGAGGUGAUUUUCUGGGUCAACAGAAGGGUACCAGUGUGGGUGAUACAGGUGAUCGUGGCCUUGAUCAGCUUCCUGGAAACAAUGCUCUUGACGUAUCUCAGCUACAAGGGGAACAUUUGGGAGCAGAUUUUCCAGGUGUCCUUCCUCCUGGAGAUGAUCAACACGGUGCCCUUUAUCAUCACGAUAUUUUGGCCCCCUUUAAGGAACAUUUUCAUCCCAGUGUUUCUCAACUGCUGGCUUGCCAAAAGCGCGCUGGAGAACAUGAUUAAUGAUCUGCACCGAGCCAUACAGAGAACACACUCUGCUAUGUUCAACCAGGUUCUUAUCCUCAUCUGCACUUUGCUUUGUCUGGUCUUCACUGGAACGUGUGGAAUUCAGCACCUGGAACGAGCAGGGAAGAACCUGUCCCUCUUUAACUCGUUAUACUUCUGCAUUGUCACCUUCUCCACCGUGGGCUUCGGAGACGUCACACCUCAGAUCUGGCCAUCCCAGCUGCUCGUGGUCAUCAUGAUCUGUGUGGCUCUGGUAGUGCUCCCCUUACAGUUUGAGGAGCUGAUGUACCUGUGGAUGGAGAGGCAGAAGUCAGGGGGGAACUACAGCCGACACCGUGCACAGACAGAAAAGCAUGUGGUGUUGUGUGUGAGCUCACUCAAGAUAGACUUGCUCAUGGACUUCCUCAAUGAGUUCUAUGCUCAUCCCAGGCUGCAGGAUUACUAUGUCGUGAUACUCUGCCCCACAGAGAUGGACAUUCAAGUGCGCCGGGUCCUACAAAUUCCACUCUGGUCCCAGAGGGUUAUUUAUCUUCAGGGCUCUGUACUGAAGGACCAGGAUCUAAUGAGAGCAAAAAUGGAUGAUGCAGAAGCUUGCUUCAUUUUGAGCAGCAGAAAUGAGGUUGAUCGCACUGCUGCUGACCAUCAGACCAUCCUCAGAGCCUGGGCCGUUAAGGACUUUGCCCCAAAUUGCCCCCUCUAUGUCCAGAUCCUCAAGCCGGAAAACAAAUUCCACGUGAAGUUUGCCGAUCACGUUGUAUGUGAGGAAGAGUUCAAGUAUGCUAUGUUGGCUCUGAACUGUGUGUGUCCAGCCACAUCUACGCUGGUCACACUCCUGGUCCACACAUCUCGAGGACAAGAGGGCCAGCAGUCUCCCGAGCAGUGGCAGAGGAUGUACGGCCGUUGCUCAGGCAACGAAGUCUACCAUAUCCGCCUCGGUGACAGCAAAUUCUUUGGAGAAUACGACGGCAAGAGCUUCACCUAUGCUUCCUUCCACGCCCACAAAAAGUAUGGUGUCUGCCUAAUUGGAGUCAAGCGGGAAGACAACAAGAACAUCCUGCUGAACCCAGGUCCACGUCAUAUUAUGGCCGUCUCUGACACCUGCUACUACAUCAACAUCACCAAGGAGGAGAACUCGGCCUUCAUUUUCAAGCAGGAGGAGAAGCACAAGAGAAAGGGCCUACCUGCCGGAGGACUGUACGAUACUCCUUCCAGCCUCCCAGUCCACAGCAUCAUCGCCAGUAUGGGGACUGUAGCCAUGGACCUCCAGAAUGCAAGUCCGCCCAGCGGUGGCGGAGACGGCAAGCUGGCUCUGCCUGCUGAGAACGGCUCUGGGAGUCGGCGGCCCAGCAUUGCCCCCGUGCUGGAGAUUGCCGACUCCGCUGCCAUCCUACCCUGCGACCUGCUCGCUGACCAGUCAGAGGAUGAAACCACGCAGUCCGACGACGAGAGCUCCACAGCUUCUGAGUAUGUAAAAGGGUACCCCCCCAACUCCCCAUACAUCGGGAGCUCACCCACCUUGUGCCAUCUGCUGCUCCAUAAGGCUCCCUUCUGUUGCCUGCGUCUGGACAAGGGCUGCAAGCACAACAGUUUUGAAGAUGCCAAAGCAUACGGUUUCAAGAACAAGCUGAUCAUUGUGUCUGCCGAGACAGCCGGCAAUGGCCUCUAUAACUUCAUAGUCCCCCUUCGUGCCUAUUAUCGCCCCAGGAAAGAGCUCAACCCCAUUGUGCUGCUGCUGGACAACCCGCCAGACAACCACUUCCUGGAAGCCAUCUGUUGUUUCCCAAUGGUUUACUUCAUGGCUGGUACCAUAGACAAUCUGGACAGCCUACUGCAGUGUGGGAUCAUCUACGCUGACAACCUGGUCGUGGUGGACAAGGAGAGCACCAUGAGUGCGGAGGAGGACUAUAUGGCAGACGCAAAAACCAUUGUCAACGUGCAGACCAUGUUCAGACUGUUCCCAAGUCUCAGCAUCAUCACUGAGCUCACCCACCCCUCCAAUAUGAGGUUCAUGCAGUUCAGGGCUAAAGACUGCUACUCUCUAGCACUCUCCAGGCUGGAGAAGAAGGAGCGCGACAAGGGCUCAAAUCUGGCAUUCAUGUUCCGCCUGCCAUUUGCCGCUGGUCGUGUGUUCAGCAUCAGCAUGCUUGACACACUGCUAUACCAGUCGUUUGUGAAGGACUACAUGAUUCCCAUUGCAAGGCUGCUACUGGGCUUGGACACCACGCCUGGCUCUGGCUACCUCUGUGCGAUGAAGGUGACGGAAGAGGACCUCUGGAUCCGGACGUACGGCAGGCUCUUUCAAAAGCUCUGCUCUUCCAGUGCAGAAAUUCCAAUUGGGAUUUACAGGACAGAGUCACACAUCUUCUCUUCCUCAGAGGUUUCCAUCAAUGUGGAGGAGCGCGAAGACGCCAGGGAGAGACCGGAGCCGCGAAAGGACAAGGGUACUCAUCGGAACUCGACCGGCAGCGACCAGUCGGAGCACCCGCUGCUGCGGAAGAAGAGUAUGCAAUGGGCACGACGCCUGAGUAGGCGGGCUCCCAAGCCAGGCAGUCGUGCCGAGCGCGUCGCGCAGCAGCGCCUUAACCUGUACCGGCGUUCCGAGAGGCAGGAGCUCUCCGAGCUGGUCAAGAACCGCAUGAAGCACCUGGGAUUGCCAACCAACGGAUACGAGGAUGUAGCUAAUUUAACAGCAAGCGAUGUGAUGAAUCGGGUAAACCUAGGAUAUUUGCAAGUGGCACACACAGAUGAGAUGAAUGAUCACCAGAACACAUUAUCCUACGUUCUGAUCAACCCCCCUCCAGACACCAGACUUGAACUCAAUGACAUUGUGUACCUGAUCCGCUCUGACCCGCUGGCACACGUACCUGACGAGCCACCGCCGGGGAAGAGCAACCCUCCGAUGAAACAGGAGCUCGGGAUGGAGACCAGAGACGAGACGCAGCUCUGAGCCUACGGAGCGCUGACCCUACCCUAUUGCUCCCCGCCCAACCCUCUCUUCUUCAAGAAGCCCCUUGCUGCUGUGCCUAGCCUGAGAGGGGAGCACGGUGUACAGCCAAUAAACUACUGGACGCAGAGAGACAGCCCGAUCGGUCAGCGUUCGUGAUCAACGGGCGAUUCAAGCCGAGUGUCAUUUACCGUGAACGGGUUCCGGACGACGGAGGAAAUGGCCACGGACAUUCAUUGGAAAAAUGCCACAUAAAGCAGUGCAUUAAAAGAAACAUAGGGCUCAUCUAGGCACUCACAGAGCCUGGCAACACUUCGUAAUUCCUCAGUGUAAUAGUGGCUCGGGCCCCUUCCGGUGCAGGGCACGUAAUGAAAGUAGGAGGUAUACGUGAUACACGUCUUUCGCGCCACCAGGGAAGUUCCUGCUCGUAUUUUCUUGGGAGAGUUUGCUGACGUACAGAAGACGUCUGCUGCUGGCAGUGUAGAAAUCCUUUUUAUUAUAACGGUGAAUAUUUUUUUAGUUGCUUUGUAGCUGCUGUCCAAGAGUGACAAGCACAGCAUGCAAUUAUUUCUUUGUGAAUUUCUGAGGUUGCAUACUUUCACUUAAGCCAUUCAGAAUAAAUACCUCAAGGGUACAAUAGCAGGGCCCCUCAUGGUAUUUGUGUCGGUUUGGUUAUACACCAAACAACAUUUACUGCCCUCAUUAGUUGUCAGUCAUAUCUUGUGUGCUCAUUGUUAUGAGUUAGCAGUUUCUUUCGAAUUUGGCAGAUGCCCUUAUCCAUUGAGGGACAGUCGGUUCUUAGGGAGAAAUAAAUCCCGAAAGAGGAAAAACAUCAUGCAACAUUGAAUGUGACAUAAUCUGCCAUUUGGAGGGUCUCGCUUUGAGCCUGCGGUACUAUGGACUGAAUGUAAUUGUUUGUCUGGCUCAGCUGAUGGAUGCUGGCAUUUCCGAGGUUCCUAAUACACCGGUCCUCUCGACGGUACCCGCACUCAGGGUUCUUCCAGGACAACGUAAU